UGAGUGUUAAACACUAGUGUGUGUUGGGGCUGUGCACGUAUCUAACCUAGUUGUUUAACUGUCCUAGCCGAGCAAACAGGAAAGGAGAGAGUUGAAAUACAAGCGAAAGCAGGAGCACCACCUGGCACGACAACAUUAACCUAACUAGUGUCUGCUGCCAUAAUGUUGUCUGAAGGAGGCUCUUUCAUGAAGGGGGUGGUCAUGGGAGGUCUCUUCUGCUUGGUGCUGUCGCUCCUGGGUAGUUUCAGCCCUGACACGGAGCCCAGGGCAGAGGACCAUCAUCAUCAUCAUCACGUCAAGGCCCCGGAUAACAAUGAGCUGAAGCACCUCUCUGACAGUCAGGUGCAGGAGUUGACUAAUCAAGUCCGGGUCUCUUGCGUCAUCAUGGUCCAGCCCAAGGUCCUUUUAUACUGGGCCACUGCCAUCGACACCUGGAGCAAACACUGUGACAAGGCCGUGUUUUAUACCUCUGAGAGCUCUAAGGCGCUUGAGGCAAUAGACCUGAAUGAAAAAGAUGACUGGGCAAGGUUACGUAAAGCUCUGAAGCAUGCUUAUGAGAAUGCCGGUGACCUGCGCUGGUUCUUUGUGGCACAGCCCACCACGUUUGCCAUCAUCGAAAACCUCAAAUACCUGGUGCUCACAAAGGAUCCCAGCGAGCCCUUCUACCUGGGCAACGCUUUGAAGUCAGGCGAGCUUGAGUAUGUGGCGUACGAUAGUGGCAUUGUUCUAAGCUAUGAAGCCCUGAGAAGGCUUGUGAAUGUGUUCCAGGAUGAAGGCAAAUGUCCUGAAAGAGGACGUGCCCUGUGGAAGCUGAGCGAGGACAAGCAGCUGGCAGUGUGUCUCAAAUAUACCGGUGUCUUUGCAGAAAAUGGAGAAGAUUCACAUGGAAAGAGCGUGUUUAACAGUAAGAGCGUAGACGGCCUGAUAACAGACAGCAUGAGGGACAACCCCACUAAUGUAUUGGAGGGCUGUUGCUCCAACAUGGCAGUCACAUUCAACGGGAUGUCACCGAAUCAAAUGCAGGUUAUGAUGUUUGGAGUUUACAGACUUCGUCCUUUCGGCCACGAUUUUCAUGACUCGUUAGUAUUUUACCCUCCUGAAGGUUCAGACAAUGACUAGAGACUCAUUACUUCAAGCUGAAUGUGGCAUUUUAAAUGUUUUGCUUCCAUGAUGGCAAACCUAACUUUGGGGAGAUGGUUUUCUUAUGCUGUUUGUAAAACUGGAUUCUUUGUGGGAAUAACACUUUUAUGUAUAUUUGUACCUUUUGCACUUGGCACAAUCAGCGCCCCAUUCCUUUGUGUUGUAGGUAAUCAGAGCCGAUGGGUGUGCUCUUCUUUUGAAUGAAGAUCGCUGGGAAAUUAAGACAGACAAGAUUCUCUGGAAGUUUUCGUUAUUGUAAUAUUAUGUAUCUUGUAUGUUUGUCUUUUUGUAGUCUUAAACCUGCGUUAGGUGAUGCUGUUUUCUGGAAAUGUCAAGUUCUUGAAAUUAUUUAACUGUUCAAAGCUCUCGACCAUCUUAACCACAUACAACUUUUUUUUCCUGAUCUCUGAGAAUACAUCACCCAACUGAUUUAAAGAUUGUAUAAUUAUUGAGUCAAACAUACAAUGUACAGCUCGGCUCCAAAUGAAGUGCAUCUCCACAUAUGAAGAAUUGGCCUUCACAGCUGAAUGGAAAAUAAUAUACCUCAAUGUUGUUUUAUGGGUAUAUUAAAUAAAUAAGUAUAUUUCUUUUAAAAACUGAGGAAAAAAAAAACUCAAAGAAGAACAUAGUCAGUGUAAACUGAUUGUAACCUUCAUGAAGGUAAUUAGUUUUGCAGGGCUGUUAUUUUUAGCUAGAUGAACUAAAGCUGAUGAUACACGGGGCAACUUUUUGAGCAAUGUUGCUGGCCAAUCUUGCUAGUGGCAAGUCCGACUAUGUUACGGAUAACGGCGGUACAGGGCGGAGUAGUGGGGGAAGGGGAUUACGGUAGUAUUCUUUAUUCAUUACCAUUGACGACAACGUUGCCCUGCACGAUUGCUCUAAAAGUUGCUCUGUGUAUCAUCAGCUUUAAUAAAUUGGCAACUGAAUGUAAAUUCAACACCUUGAAUUUCACCAGGUUUCAUCUGAGAGCACAGUGUCGAGCUUUUUUCACUGAGGAGCUGAACAACAGGUCUGACAGUUAUAAACCUAUGCCAACCUGCCACUCCUUUGUUCAUUAUUUGAAUAUCGACACACAUCCUGUACUGUUGAAUAAACUGGUUACUCCGCAUCAUACUACAUGAAAACCAGGUAAUAAAGUUUAUCAAAAUA